AUGUAUAUCACGGGAGCGGGCACAGAAGUGAGGGAGAGAGAAAUCAGUGUACCAUGCGCCAGUAUCUGCUGGACAGCGAGAAAGACAGAGAAGGAGCAUGCCAGUGGUGAGAAUUUGAAGAAUCAAAUCAUGACGACCAACCUCUGGGUGGAACAGUCAUGGUACGACUACAAGCUGCGAUGGGAGCCGAAGGAGUACGGGGGAGUACAUAUGCUACACGUGCCUUCUGACCACAUAUGGCGGCCGGACAUUGUUCUGUAUAACAACGCCGACGGUAACUACGAGGUGACCCUGAUGACCAAGGCAAUAGUCUUCCAUUCGGGACUGGUCGUAUGGCAACCACCAGCUGUUUAUAAAUCCUCCUGCUCCAUCGACGUUGAGUUCUUUCCCUACGACGUACAGACCUGUGUUUUGAAGUUAGGCUCCUGGACCUAUGACGGUUUCAAGGUGGACCUCAGACACAUGGAUGAGCAGCCGGGGAACAACGUGGUAGAUGUGGGCGUUGAUCUGUCCGAGUUCUACAUGUCGGUCGAGUGGGAUAUACUGGAAGUGCCUGCUGUAAGAAAUGAAAAAUUUUACACCUGCUGCGAUGAGCCAUACCUGGAUAUCACUUUCAAUAUAACACUGAGAAGGAAGACACUGUUCUACACCGUCAACAUUAUAAUUCCAUGCAUGGGAAUAUCUUUUCUCACUGUACUGACAUUUUAUCUGCCCAGCGAUAGUGGAGAAAAG